GGCUGCCUUUUUCCUUAGCUCCUGAGCCUAGAUUCCUCCCUCUCCCUCCUAACGUCUUAGCUGGCCCUAAUCGCACCUAGGGUUCUUUCCGUCUUCGGUCUUUAGGCCAACCCACGUCGUCACCAUGCCGAAGCAAAUUCACGAGAUCAAGGACUUCCUGCUCACCGCGCGGCGCAAGGAUGCCCGCUCCGUGAAGAUCAAGAAGACCGGAGAUGUGGUGAAGUUCAAGGUGCGGUGCUCCAAGUACCUCUACACGCUCUGCGUCACCGACAGCGACAAGGCCGACAAGCUCAAGCAGUCGCUGCCCCCUGGUCUGCACGUGCAGGACAUUUGAAUUAGGGACAUGCCAUGCAGCACCCGUGGCACAUGGUAACCACCAAGUACUGAUGUAGCAGCAACGCUGGCAGGGCGUGGGUUUGCCAGUUGUAGCGAAGUAGGGAAUUUGAGCUGCCUGCUGCUGCUCUGCUCUGUUUUGCUGUGACUGAUGGUUUUGUCGGCUCAACGCUCUGGCUCUGCCUGCCGUACCAGCAUCUUUGGCUGUGCUCCGUGUGUGUGUCUGUACACCAGUUAAAGCUGAAUGUGAGUUACCGCAGAGCAGUGUUGUUGGUGGGAUUGGUUGCAUAUUGUCGGCCUGGUCAAACCAAGUUCAGAUGUAGUGUGGGCCUCCACUGCCCAUUCCAUGCAGUGACCAUCAUAAGCCAAUACAUAGCACUUACCUUA